CACAGAGCGCGCGGCGCGGCGCAAGAGCUGGGCACGGUGCGCGCUUUCAUCCUUCACAGUGGACUGCAAAAGAAUAAAUAUAUUCUGUUGUGGGUUUUUUUUUUGUUGUUGUUGUUUUUUUUUGAAGAACAGUGUUUUGUUCUCGUGUCUCGAACCUGCAACUUAAUCAUAAUUAAUUCCGAGGCGGCUGCGGGAGGAGGGCGACGCUCAAUCAUCCCGGGACCGGAGUGAAACCUCACCGCGAGCGCCUGGCGCAAGGGAAUAAUUAGUCGCACAGUGUGUGACAGCGUUGUCAGACCCGAGAAAGACUGUGGAAGCCGGAGAGGACAAGUGAGGACUGACGGAGCCUGUGAAGUUUCUCCGUGCGCCAGGCUUGUGUUUUUUGAAAGGAGAAGGGGGGAAAGUGUUGUGGAGGUUUGCCCCUCUCCAAUGCGUCGCUUCCCUGUGUAUACUGAUGGACUCAGUACGGUGAAAUUUGGAAUAGCCUUCCCUUGUUUGCAUCAGUUAUAGACGAUAUCUCAGACCGCAAUGCUGCCCUGCAUCAUUUUCAUCGGCUUGUUUCUCACAGCGGCCCGAUCCCAAGAUAUCCAUCCCUCACAGGCAUCAUCCUCUAUUAGUGAGUCUUGUGAGUCCUUGUGCUCCUGCGAAGGAAAAGAUGGCAUUCUUCAUCUUAACUGUGAGCAGAGAAACAUCAGCAAAAUCUCCCAAAUCAAAGUCCCGUCAGGUGUGCCCUUCCACCUGAACCUUUACAAAAAUGACUUGGUUGAGCUCCGCGCCGAGGAAAUGGAAGGGCUUAAGAAUGCCCUUUCGCUGCACAUCGGGGGUAAUAGCAUACAAGAGCUGGAACCAGGGGUCUUUAGCACUCUCGGUUCACUGAAAAAACUCCACAUAAAUAGCAAUUUCCUCGUCACUCUGAAAGAGGACACUUUUCAAGGCCUGGUGAAUUUGGAGUUUCUCCAAGCUGACACGAAUUUCAUUCGGGUCAUCGAGCCGGGGGCCUUCAACAAACUGAUCCGCCUCAAGGUCCUCAUCCUCAAUGAUAAUUCCAUCGAGUUUUUACCCAGCAACAUUUUCCGGUUUGUGCCCCUCACCCACCUGGACUUGCGUGGCAACAAGCUUCAGACGCUGCCUUAUGUUGGGUUUUUAGAGCACAUCGGGCGGAUAAUGGAGCUCCUCCUGGAGGACAAUGUGUGGGUGUGUGACUGUGAUAUUUUGCAUCUAAAAAUCUGGAUGGAAAACAUGAGGGCCCAGUCAGCAAUCGGGGAUGUGGUGUGCAGCACGCCACAUCACCUUAAGGGGACCAUUCUGGCUAAAGUCAAGCGGGAUGUCCUCUGCCCGUCCCAUGCAGACAUUAACCUGGAGGAGCCGUCAAAGUCACUGGAUAUGGUUGUUACUCCGUCAUCCAAAGUGUCCCAGAGUCCCAAGCUGAUUGACGCCAAAGAUGACGCCAAGAUACCGACACCGUCUCACCUUCCCAACAGUCCUUGUGUGGAGCACUGUUCCUGUCACAAUCACCCUGUGGCUGGCUUUUUGAUGCAUUGUCAGGACAGAGGAAUUCAAAAGGUAUCAGAUAUCGGAAUACUCCAGCAAAGCCCCACGAAACUGGUCAUGACGGGAAAUAUGAUUCAGAAACUCUUGAAGUAUGAUUUUGUCACAUAUGACAGUUUAGAAUUGCUGAACCUGGCGAACAACAGAAUCGAUUACAUUGAUAAUGAAACUUUCCUCAGCUUGAGCAGUUUGAAAAAGCUGUAUUUGAAUGGCAACCGCAUUGAAAAACUGUUCUCCACAAUGUUUGUGGGGCUCCACAACCUUGAAUACCUGUAUCUGGAAUACAACCUUAUCAAAGAGAUUGCUCCAGGCACAUUUAAUCCCCUGCCAAACCUGAAGCUGUUGUCAUUAAAUAACAACCUGCUCAGCUCUCUUCCAGCGCAGAUAUUUCGCAAUGUGCCCCUCACCAAAUUAAACCUGAGGAAAAAUCUACUUAUGCACCUGCCAGUGAGCAACGUGCUUGAUCAACUUGACUCGCUGGAGCAGAUUUCUUUAGAGGACAACCCCUGGGACUGCAGCUGUGACUUGCUCAGCCUCAAACAAUGGGUGGAGAAACUAAGAAAGGACACAGUGGCGGGCUCCAUUUUGUGUGUCACCCCAAAGAAAGUGAUGCAGGAUGAACUGCGAAACCUUCGUCAUGAGGUGCUGUGUCCCGGGUUAGGGACCUACUACCCGAUGUCCCCAGGUGGGGAGGAGAGCGUGACUGCUACUCUGGGGCCUGAUAGCGCUGGCAAGGGUUUGCUCAGUUCACUCACAGACACUGUCCCACUCUCUGUGCUCAUCCUAAGCCUCCUUAUGUUUGUCCUCAUGAUUAUAUUCUGCUCAGCCGGAUUGGUAGUGUUUGUGGUGCACCGGCGGCGUAGAAGGGCAAAGAAAAAAGCAGCAGAGGAGCAGCCCAGGGAAAACAACAGCAGCAGUCCCAUUCACUUACACUACAGCAUGUACGGGCAGAAAACAACACACCACACUCUGACACAGAGAACAGGGUCUGCUUCUCUGUACGAGGAGAGAUCACACAGUCCCAUUGUGCAGAUCUGCCGCAACCCCACCUACUGCUCCCAGCACAAGGAGCACGACGCAGAUUUGGAUUAUGGCCUCGACGAACCUAGCGUCAAGCAUCACGUGUGCCGGAGUAUCAUGGAGAAGGAGAACACGUCCCCGCUCACAGGAAACCCAAGCUCAAAGUUCCGCCCCAUGACAGGAGAGUGUCCCGCCGAGUUCGUCACUCUCGGAAACCCCAACUCCCUGUACAGGAACAUUCUGGAGAGGGAGAAGGAGCUGCAGCAGCUUGGAAUAACAGAGUACCUUAGGAAAAACAUGCCCCAGCUUCAGCCUGACAUGCAGGUCCCGGGGCACCAGGAGGAGUUAAAGCUAAUGGAGACAAUUAUGUACUCGCGACCACGCAAGGUCAUGCUUGAGCAAACUAAGAACGAGUACUUUGAACUUAAGGCUAACCUGCAUACUGAGCCAGACUACUUGGAGGUUCUGGAGCAUCAAACUGCAUUUAACUGAGCUUGAUCAGAGGAAAAAAAACAAAUAUAUACAUUAUGUUUUCAACCAAGUGCCUUGUCCUGUUUGCCCUCCUGUACUUUCCACAGUGUGAAAUAUAUAUCAUGGGCACAUUGCUUUAAGUUUAUUGUAGCACAGAAUGUAACUGGCUGAGAUUUUGUUACCUUUGUAUCUGUUGACAGCAAGGGGUCGAGUUUAAUCACGACAGGACGUAUCGAUUCUUUGGACAACGAUACCACAAAGUCUGCCAUGAUACGAUUUCAAUUGGUUUCAGUUCAGGGGCCUGCGAUCCACGUGAGAUGAUAUCACAUGCCUGUUUAACACAGUCGGUCAGAGAAGACGACGCCGCCCCUUUCUUUUUUGCUUCUGGCCACAAAAGACAAAAAUACAUAAACAGAUGUAAAUAACUGUAAGUGCUUAAGUGCAGUAAGGUUUACUUUAAUAUGCAUAAAACAUGACCUGACAACAAAAGUAAACAUGAACAUGAACAAAAGGAUAACAUUUGGCCCAGUGUUUUUUUGCGAGUCAGACAUUAUUAGCUUCAAGUCCCCAUGAAAUGAAAACUACAUUUUUCCAGUUUUAAGUUUGAGUACCUUUGCUAACUGAUCAUUUACCUCGUUAUACGACAAAUAUAUGCCUGCACUCAGGUGUUUACAAAAGUCCAUCCAGUCAAAUUUGGGUGACGAGUUAGCCACACCAGUCAUAUAAAAACCGCACUUCACCAUUUGUGGCUUGUAGCUAGCUAACAGAGCAAUAUGAAGAGAGAAAGAGACGUAUGCUGCCCCCUAUUUAGCGAUCCAAUCAAAGGCAAAUAAUUUGAUGUAUCUAUUGUAACUGUUUAAUUUGGAAAUAUGUCUUAGAACAGAAGCUAAACAUGCUCCAACUUUAAGCACUUUUACAUUGCAUAAAUUAGCCUUGCAGCUAGCGGACUUUUCCUUUUCACCGAUCGCAACAAAAACAUGCAUUAUAUAUGCUUUUUCUCUUUACUCAGAAUUGGUUCAAAGUAUGUUUGUUUUAGCUUUGCAUUGUUGAAACAGAGCAGCUAAUGUUUUCGUAGCGAGAGCAACAAGUUAGCGGAGUAGCGACGCAUGGUCGGGUCAGGUGAGUGUUUUAUUGCCUCGCGACCUAGUUUGCACACAGCACGUGCUUUGUCUGCUGACCCGUCUUUUCACCGGAAUUCAGGAGAGUAAAUAUCCGUGUCGUCUUCUUCUUGGCUGCUGGCCAUUAUUUGGUGCUGAUUCACGGUGACGCACGUAUGCCCCUGGACAUUUCAAAAUAAAGAUGUUAAAGUAUGUUAGCAUUGAUGAUAUUGGAUCGUUGAUCAUUGAAUCGAUACAUGGAUGGAUCGUUACACCCCUAUUGACAGCCAUGUUAUGUAGCUGGGGGAAGGUGUUAGACAUUUUGGCCAAAUGUAACUUAGAGUGAAGAAGCUAUCGCAGUGUGUUGAGCAGGCCUGGGUUGAAGCCCUCUUUAAAAUCAAUCAGCUUUUGAUGAUUGAUUAAAUUUCCAUGGCGCACUGCCACCAAAAUGAAUUGAUCUGCACAGCUCACACACACCCCCCAUCUGACAUCCCAAUAGGAUAAAGCAGAUGCUUGGAGAGGAGUGAGUGAAUUUCAAUCACCACUUGACCCAGAAUUGCUGUUUAAUCAGUCUAUCCUGACUCUGGGUAUGACCUGAUUACACCCUCUGUCAACAUAAGCCAGCUGGAAUGCUGUAACCAGAAUGCUCAUUGUGCCGUAGAGUCAGCAACAUGCCAACUGUAUAUUGGAGAACAGUGAUAGGAGCGUGGUGCCACUGCUAUUUUCCUGUCACUAUAUUUUGUUUUGGAUCGAUUCAGCACACUGCACAGUCGCAGUCAUAGGUCUUUUAUUUAUUUUUAUACAAACUGGUGACAUUCACAGAAAGGAUGUUUUAUUUUCUCUCAGUAAAUACAGCACUUAAAGUACAGUAUAUUAUACACAACUGUAAUCUUGUAAAAAUGCAUUGCACUAAUCAAAUGCCAUAAGAUGGUGCAUGACAAUCAACAGAGUCCUGCUGAUUAUUUUUUUUUGUUUGUUUGUUUUUAUUUCUGCCAGAAAAAAUGAGCCACAAAUGUGUAUGAUCCCUCAGCGUGUGUUUUGUGCGUGCAAGCGUGUGUGAGUUUCAUGUCACUGUUUUAUGUCUGAUACUCGAAACAGCAUUUAGGAACGCUGCUCCGUCCUCGUGCUGAUUGGCUGAACUGUUUUUGAACUGAUUAGAGGCGGGGCUUAUUUACCUGUUAGCACACGAAUGGUGACUGGCGAGCAUCAUCGACAGAGAGCUCCAGUUUUCCACGCAGACAACCUGCCGACCGACUCCAGCCAACUUUUCUCAGCUCACGUUGAAAGCAAUGGACUGCUGGCGACACAUUUUCAAUGUGGACGCUGUCAGAAUUUUCACUAAACACUCCAUUCAUACUCUCGGAAACAACUUUGAAACGGUUCAUGUAAGCACACACUCUGUAGCUUUUCUACUUAACUAGAUUUAAUUAUUUAUUCUGUAUAUUUUGUAUAUACUUACGUUCCAUUAUAUCUUUGGUUUUUGUGUGCCUUCAGUGCUGUACAGAAUAUAAACAGAAGUUGUAACUGAUAAACAGGAAAUAAAGA